CCGUUGCGUCCUGAGCGCCCCAGCAACAUGUUUGGCAUGAUCAAGAACUCGCUGUUCGGGAGCACAGAGACGUGGCCUUGGCAGGUCCUGAGCAAAGGGGGCAAGGAAGAAAUCUCCUAUGAGGAAAGGGUCUGUGAAGGUGGGAAGUUUGUCACUGUAGAAGUGUCGGAUAAGCCUGUGGAUGAAGCUCUUCGAGAAGCAAUGCCCAAAGUCAUGAAGUAUGUGGGAGGCACCAAUGACAAGGGAAUUGGGAUGGGAAUGACAGUCCCUGUUUCCUUUGCUGUGUUCCCCAGUGAAGAUGGCUCCCUACAGAAGAAACUAAAAGUCUGGUUCCGGAUUCCAAACCAGUUUCAGAGCAACCCUCCAGUUCCCAGUGAUGAAAGUGUUAACAUCGAGGAGAGGGAAGGCAUCACCGUAUAUUCCAUGCAGUUUGGUGGUUAUGCCAAAGAAGCCGACUAUGUAGCUCAUGCUGCCCAGCUGCGCACUGCCUUGGAGGGUACAGCCACCUGCCGGAAUGAUACCUACUUCUGCACUGGGUAUGACCCUCCCAUGAAGCCCUAUGGGCGUCGCAAUGAGGUCUGGCUGGUGAAGGCAUGA